AUGAGGAUAAGGCUUGAUGAGGCCACUGCUCAACAGAUGGUUUCUUCCCCUCCCCACAUUCUGGGAGCGAUGCAACUUCCUUUCUCCUGCAUCAUUUUUUACAAUUCCUGCAUCUAUCGCCCGAUUACCCCCACAAUGAACUACUGUACAAGUUCCCUAAAGCCCUUCUCCGCAAAAGAGGUCUGGAAAGCCAGUGAGGGGGACGAUUCAGAGCUCGUUUUCUCACACACAACUAUCGUCGCGAUGCAGAACGACGAAAUCUACAAAGGGACCAGCAAAUCCAGGCCUGAAGAUAUUGAUAAAGCUAGCAUCAUCAGCGAGCUCUCCCUAGUCCCACGGGAGAAUAUCUACCCGCCAUGCCCUUCUAAUCUUACUCGUGCCCCCGAAAUCUACAUCAAAGUCCCUGAUCUUGCGCUCUAUACCCCCGAGCGCAAAGAUAUCAUCUCCCAACGCCUAUUGCACGAGGCUGAGAUUUACGAAAUCUUGCGAGAGCACCCCCAUCCAAAUCUAGGCCAAAGCCUUGGCUGCGUCGUUGGUCAAGACGGCCGCUUGGAAGGGCUUGCUCUCUUCAAGUACAAAACUACUCUCUUUGAGCUCGCGCAUGAUGCAUCAUCCUUUGACCUAGGUCAGCGCGAUCAGUGCAUUACUGCUGUCAAGUCUGCUUUGGAACACCUCCACCGACUAGGGCUUGCGCACAAUGACUUGAGUCCCCUCAAUGUUAUGUUCACGGACAAGGGGGAACCUGUCUUGUUAGACUUUGAUACUUGUCAUCCUAUUGGGACCACAUUGGAUAAAGGUGGACGAGUGGGCGAGUGGGAGGGAAUACCAAGCGCUGUCUAUGAGGAGUCGUCGACUAAGUGUGACCUAAAAGCAUUGGAGUAUUUGGACGUGUGGUUGAAGAAUAAGUAUCAGGAGAUGAAAGAUAUUACUAGCAAGGGCAGAGACGUUAGCAAUGUUAAUGUCUCGCUGAAGUCAGAGAAUGGUAUUUGA